AUGAAGGAGAAGAAAGCCGGCAGUCUCAGUGGUGGUCCUAAAGGCUUGCAGGACUCGCUGAUUCUUUCAUGUAUCUUCACAUAUCUGACCAUCGAAGUUACUGGCAACAAACGUGAUAUCUCGUUCGUCAUCGGAAGUGGUAACUUGUUGAAUUUUUCGCGUGAAUAUAUCCUCUUCAAGACGUCUGGAGCCACUCGUCGCACUUUGGGGUGA